AUGGAACUAAUAAAUAACUCCAAGGUGUCAGAGUUUGUCUUUCUGGGCCUCUCCUCAGUGCGGGAGCUGGAGGGUUUCCUGUUCCCGGUGUUUCUCCUGGCUUACUUAGCAGCCCUUCUGGGCAACCUCCUUAUCAUUGUUACCUUGACCUGUGAACCCCGGCUCCACACCCCCAUGUACUUCCUGCUCCUCAACCUGGCCUCCUUGGACAUCUGCUUCUCCACCAUCACCACCCCCAAGAUGCUGGCCGACUUACUCUCCGAGACCAAGAUCAUUUCCUACGGCGGCUGUAUGGCCCAGAUCUUCUUCUUCCAUCUGCUGGGAGGUGCCGAUGUCUUCUUCCUGUCGGUGAUGGCGUACGACCGCUACGUGGCCAUCUCUCGGCCCCUUCACUAUAUGGCUGUGAUGACUUGGAGGGUGUGCAAGGGGCUGGUGGUGACUUCCUGGAUCAUUGGCUUGGUCCACUCGGUCCUCCAGCUUGCUCUGCUGCUUCCGCUGCCGUUCUGUGGGCCCAACGUCCUGGAUAAUUUCUACUGCGACAUUCCCCAGGUCCUCAGGCUAGCCUGCACCGACACCUCCAUCCUGGAGCUCCUGAUGAUCACCAACAGUGGAAUGCUCAGUCUCAUCUGGUUCAUUCUCCUCCUGGCGUCCUACAUGAUCAUCUUGAGGAUGCUAAGGUCCUACUCCAAGGAAGGGAGGAGGAAAGCCACCUCCACCUGCACCUCCCACAUCAUCGUGGUGUCUCUUCACUUUGUACCAUGUGUCUAUACCUACGCCCGGCCCUUUGACUCUUUCUCCCCGGACAAGGUGGUCUCGGUGGCUCUGACCGUCCUGUCGCCUGUGCUGAACCCCGUGAUCUACACCCUGAGGAACAAGGAGGUGAGGUCAGCCAUGCGGAGGUUAAGGGGACGGAUCAUGCUUCCAGGGAGAGGGUGA